UGUAUCAGUCAAGCUAGCAACAGCUUAUCAACUACGACUCUGCGACUGCAAAAGUACCAUUAUGAUUCCGUUAAUCGACUGUUCAUCGAUUGCUGGAGGAGCAUUUGAAGAUGUGGGUGACAAGAAUUUCGAAAAAGUUGCCAGUGAUAUCGGUGCAGCAAUGACUGAGACUGGCAUGUGCAAUCUCAUUAACCACGGCAUUGAUAUGAAAAAGAUCGCCAAGGUCUACGAGGCAUCCAAAACAUUCUUUAACUUGCCCGUCGAAACGAAGUCAAAGUACAAAAAGGUAGACGUGAGGAAGUCCUUCAACGGAUAUGUUGGACCUGGUGACGAAUUGGUCAAUGCGAAACAAAAGAACUCAACUGAACUGCGAGAAUCGUGGGAUACAUGGAGUGUGGAUGGCCAUGACGCAAAGAACUUUCCGAACGAUGAUGCACCCGAUUUCAAAUUGGCUGUCAAUGCCAUCAGAAGUGAACUGGAAAACAUGGCCAAAAAGAUAUUGCGAUGCAUUGAGAUCUAUCUGCAAUUGGACGAUGGUUCUCUGCUGUCUGCUCACGAAAAUCUUCAAGAUUAUUCCAUCGAAAGCCACACGAUACUUCGGUCGCUCUACUACUUCAAUUUGGAUCCGAACGAAAGCAUUCCGCCGGAUGCCAUACGGUGUGGGGAGCACAGUGACUGGGGAACGAUAACACUACUCAUCCAGGACAUGGUCGGAGGCUUAGAGGUGAAAACGUUGGACGGUAAAUGGUUGGACGCAACGCCCGUUGAAAAUGCCAUUUUACUGAACAGUGGACAACUUUUAGAGUACUGGACUGGAGGACGAUUCCAUGCUGCGAUGCACCGUGUUCGAAUCAACAACCAAGAGAUGGGCAAAGUUCCGCGUCAGAGCUUUGUCCACAUUGUCAAUGCAGAUCGUGGCACCCAGGUAUUCCCAUUCCCAAUGACGCCAGUGUUGAUGGAUAAAGUGGAACAAUUUGAGAAAUUCAACAAUCAGCCAGCCGAUGCUUACGACUACUUCCAGAGACUCAUAGAAGCUUCGUAUUAUUAGGCUUUUUACAUUUUGUAAGAUGGUGUUUCGUUGAUUAAAUAAAGAGUUGUUC